AUGGCCAAGGAGCAGCGGAGGGCGGUCCUGGAGCUGCUGCAGCGGCCCGAGAACGCGCGCUGCGCCGACUGCGGCGCCCCGGAUCCCGACUGGGCUUCCUAUACCCUGGGAGUGUUCAUCUGUCUGAGCUGCUCUGGAAUCCACCGGAAUAUCCCCCAGGUCAGCAAGGUGAAGUCAGUCCGCCUGGACGCCUGGGAUGAGGCCCAAGUGGAGUUCAUGGCCUCCCACGGGAAUGAUGCCGCAAGAGCCACAUUUGAGUCCAAAGUGCCCUCUUUCUACUACCGGCCCACAUUUUCCGACUGCCAACUCCUGCGGGAGCAGUGGAUCCGUGCCAAGUACGAGCGGCAGGAGUUCAUCCACCCCGAGAAGCAGGAGCCCUACUCGGCAGGAUACCGUGAGGGCCUUCUCUGGAAGCGUGGCCGGGACAAUGGGCAGUUUUUAAGCCGGAAAUUUGUGCUGACAGAGCGAGAGGGGGCCCUGAAGUAUUUCAACAGAAAUGACGCCAAGGAGCCCAAAGCCAUCAUGAAGAUCGAGCAUCUCAACGCAACCUUCCAGCCGGCCAAGAUUGGCCACCCCCACGGCCUGCAGGUCACCUACCUGAAGGACAACAGCACCCGCAACAUCUUCAUCUACCAUGAGGACGGGAAGGAGAUCGUGGACUGGUUCAAUGCUCUCCGAGCCGCCCGUUUCCACUACCUGCAGGUGGCCUUCCCGGGGGCCAGUGACGCAGACCUGGUGCCAAAGCUCUCCAGGAACUACCUGAAGGAAGGCUACAUGGAGAAAACAGGGCCCAAGCAAACAGAAGGCUUCCGGAAGCGCUGGUUCACCAUGGAUGACCGGAGGCUCAUGUAUUUCAAAGACCCCCUGGACGCCUUCGCCCGAGGGGAAGUCUUCAUUGGCAGCAAGGAGAGUGGCUACACGGUGCUGGAAGGGCUCCCGCCAUCCACCCAGGGCCACCACUGGCUGCAUGGCAUCACCAUCGUCACGCCCGAUCGCAAGUUCCUGUUCACCUGCGAGACGGAGUCAGACCAGAGGGAGUGGGUGGAGGCUUUUCGGAAGGUGGUGGACAGGCCCAUGCUGCCCCAGGAGUAUGCAGUGGAAGCCCACUUCAAACAUAAACCGUAG